UGGCCUGGACUGCUAUGAAAAGUCGUACUGAAUAUUCUCUUAAAAAAUCGUACGGAACAUUAUGGUGUACGCACAGCAGCCCUCUUAAACACCAACUAUUUAGGUUUCCGUGGCCAGAAAAAGUCUACAUAAACACCAAGACAUUGUUGAACUUCAUGCACCUUUCUCAUGGUCAUGGAGGUCUCAUCCUCGCAUGCCUUGCUCUUAGCUUCUCUUCUCCUCCUCCUGUAUCUGCUCUCCUCCCGUGGCAAGAACUCUAGCAAUGGCAGCAUCCCUAGCCCACCAGCGCUUCCCGUCAUCGGCCACCUCCAUCUCCUCAAGAAGCCGCUGCACCGCUCUCUCGCCGCGCUGGCCGUGCGCUAUGGCGGCGGCCGGGACGGCGCCGGUCUCCUUCUUCUCCGGUUCGGCACAAGGCCGGUCCUCCUCGUCUCCUCCCCGCCCAUUGCGGAGGAGUGCUUCACCGUCCACGACGUCGCGCUCGCAGAUCGCCCGGGGCUUGCGUCGCGGCGGCUGCUCAGCGGCGAUGAGUGCCCCAGCAUCGCCGGCGCGAGCUACGGUCCGGUCUGGCGCCACCUCCGCCGCAUCGCUACCGUGCACGCGCUCUCCGCGCACCGCCUUUCGCUGACGACCGCCGCCCGCGAUGCCGAGGUCCGCGCCAUGGCGCAGAAGCUCUGGCGAGCCACCCGUCUGGGCGCCACGGCGGUCAGCGUGAAGCUCGCGGCGUUCGAGUUUGUUGUCAACGUGAUCAUGGCCAUGGUCGCGGGAAGGCGCAUGGCGGAGGACGAGGUCCUCCGGUUCAAGGCGAUGACCGAGGCGGGGUUCGCGGCCGCGGGUGCGGCGAACCGGCACGACUUCUUGCCACUGCUACGGCUGCUGGAUUUUGGAAGGACGAAGAGGAGGCUCGCCGGCCUGGCCAAGGAGCGGCACGAGUUCGGCCAGGGUCUCGUCGACGAAUACAGACGCCUUCACCACCGUCACGGUGUCGUCGGUGCUGUCACCGAGGACACGCCGUCGACGUCGGCACAGAGAACGGUGAUUGGGGACCUGCUCCGGCAGCAGGAGGGGUCGCCGGAAUUGUAUGCCGACGUGGUCAUCCGCACGAUCUGCCUGAGCUUGCUUCAAGCCGGGACGGACACGUCAUCUAGCACGAUCGAGUGGGCAAUGGCUCUUCUACUUAACAAUCCACAUGUUCUUGCAAAGGCGAAGGAGGAGAUCGACGCCGUUGUGGGCACAUCCCGGCUGCUCGAGGAGCACGAUCUCGCAUGCCUCCCGUACCUUCGUUGCAUUAUCACCGAGACCCUUCGGAUGUACCCUAUCGCCCCGCACCUUGCCCCGCACCAAGCCUCCUCUGAUUGCGUCGUUGCUGGCGGGCAAUACAUCAUCGCCUGCGGAACAAUGGUGUUAGUUGAUGUGUACUCCAUGCAGCGGGAUCCUACCAUGUGGGAUGAGCCGAACAGGUUCAUUCCUGAGAGGUUUGAGGUUGGCAUUGGUGAGGACGGCGACAAACAGGUGGUCAGGAUGAUGCCAUUCGGCAUGGGCCGGCGGAAGUGCCCCGGUGAGGGGCUAGCAUGGAGGACAGUGGGGGUAGCACUUGGGUUGAUGGUGCAGUGCUUCAGGUGGGAGCGGAUGGGGAAAGAGGAGGUGGACAUGAGCGAGGGGUCAGGGUUCACCAUGCCCAUGGUUGUGCCACUAGUGGCGAUGUGCCAACCCCGUGAAGAAAUGGAUGAAAUUCUCAAGAGGAUUUAGAAGUUUGGUCAUUCUAGCAUUGUACCCUUGCAAGGCCAAUCAAAGAAGAAAAUACAUUUACAUCUGCCACCUUGUCUACGCGCAUAUUAAAUUAGUAUGACCAUUUCCUAAGAAAAACUAACAUUGUUCAAGGCCACCAAACAUAAGUUACGUAUAUCUAAGCUCAAAAGCAAUUGUAGGAUCAAAGAAUGUGAACUAGAGGGGGGGGGUUGUAUAGAAGAUUUAAAUUUCUUCAGAAAACACAAAUCUCUCUGCGAAAAAACAGUAAGCAGAUGUAGUUCUACCUGAAGAUAAACUACUCCUAGAAAUAACUUAGAAGAAAAGAUAAGUGCCGGUAGAUGAAGAACAUGUGAACACACAAACAUAUCAUUUUAAGUACAGUGAGGAAAAAUAUGAAGGAUAACAUAUUAGUCGGUACAGAUGGAAAUGCUUAUCAGAUAUGAAGAACAAAUCACCAAAGAAGAACACAAUGAAGGGCCACUCAAUAGAAUGUAAG